AUGGCAUCCACCACCAAGGAGCGCAGACGCCCUCUUCUCGAAGUCCACAGGCUGCCCCUCCGCAUCCUCCUAGCCGUCCCCGUGUACCUCGCCCUCACAGCCGUCAUCCUACUAGCCACGCACUCAGACCUCAACAUUCCAGCACUCUACUCGCAAUGCCACUCCCGCUCACGGCUGCGGGGCAUAUCCCGCAUCCCCGUCAUCGGGGCGCCCGCCUGCUUCAUCAUCAGCUUCCUCCGCUUCGCGAACGCGUCGGUGCGCACCUUUGCGCAGAUGAGCGUCGUCCUGUCCUUCGUCGGCGCCCUGCUCACGGUGAAUCUGAUCGAAUCGGCACGCAGGUGCAAUCGCCGUAGCUGGGUUAUUCGGAACCCGACGCUGGGCUGGCUGGUAUUCAAUCUGAUUGGUGGCACAUUGGUUUGGGACCUGCUCAUUGUGCCGGCAUUCUUGAGGAGGGCGCAAGAGGUUCGCGAUGAGAGCCUAGAAGCAGGAAGGGCGGGAGGAGAUGCGUUGGAUCGAGACUCCGUGAAAGCAUCGCGAGGCCUUGAGAGCAAGGCUGAGGCCUAUGCCAUUCCCAUCGCGAUGACAUUGGGAUUCUACGUGCCCAGCAUAUUAAUGCUCACAUUGAACGAGCCCAUCUCAAUCGCUGUCUGGCUCUUGUUCCCGCUGCUUAUCUCUCUGGCACGAAUCGCCGUCAGAUUUGCAGUCAGCAGGCUAUCGAAUGACGACAAACCCUUUCAUCUUGAGUCAUACCGAGCCUCGUCACUCAUGGUGUAUGCGGUGCCAUUUAUCUGCUCGGUCCUGGCGCACGGCUUCUUGAUAUGGAACAUGUUCAGUCGCGACGAUCGCAGGGAGAUGACACGUAGCACAAUUGUGUUCAUCCAUAUCGACAUCUCCAUCCUCGCCGCUACCGUGGUCUACUGGGUGCUGGUCGAGUGUGGCUCGGUGCCCGCGUUGUUCCUAGCCGGUCUCUCCAUCUUGUUGGGUCCUGGAGCCGCUCUGUGCUUUGCAUGGCUGCUUCGAGAACAAAUCAUUUGCACAGAGGCAGUUUUGCUUGGAGAGUGCGAAGGGUAUGCUUCGGAAGGGGAUCCUCAAGCCGUACGGGGAAAAACACCCUUGCUACGCUGA